GUGAAGGGCGCGACGGAGGACGGGGAGCUCGGUUCGGCAGGAGAGGCACUUCGGGCACACAUUGCCAAGCUUCACAGCGAGCAACGCAUGCAGACGGCGCAAGACACUGUCAUUGAGUUCGAACGUCAAAGGCAUGGGUCGAUGGCAUGCCGACCUGUGCCGGCUGCAAACAUCACUUUGAUAGGUGCGGAUCUGGAAAAACACAUCGUUGAGAACCACUGGCAAGCCUCACCGGAGCAAGUAGAUUCCUCAGCCAUCGAUGUCCCCCGGUCGAUCAUGCAGCUUGUACAGGACGGUGACUUUCCGGUAGCAGACCUCUUCAAGCCA